ACACACACACACGCACACGCACACACAUAAUCACACAGUGGAUUCUGGUCUUUACUCUGUUUGUACUUCAGCUGGACUCUCAGACGGCGGUCAUGGCUCGCUGCAGGAGUUACAUGCGAGGUCUCGCCAUCUGCGUCACUGUGCUGCUACUGGUCUCUGGUAUAGUGAUGAUCGGUGUGGGAUUUUCCCCUAUUGAUGGCAACCUACUAGUUGUAGAGUGGUUUAACCAGUUGUCCAGUAGUGAGGUUUUACUGGUGCUGCAGGUGUUUGGUCCCAUUACUGUACUUCUGGCUAUUCUGGGAAUUUGUGCUGCUUCUUUGGACUAUAAACCACUGUUGCUGCUGUUUUCUGCUUUGAUAUUUGUGGAGUUUGUGGCUGUGAUGGUUGUUGCUGCACCACUGGUUCAAGUUCAAGCUCAGAUGGGGUUUGCUGUAGAUGAGUUGUUUCUGAAUGCGACUCCUCUCCACAGUGCUGCAGCUGAUAUUCAGAGGGAAGUAAAUAAACUGCAGGCCUCGGACUCCUGUUGCGGUCUGAGAAGUUUUAAAGACUGGGAGAAUCAACUUCCUGUUUCCUGUCUCUGCAUAACUGCCAGUCCAAGCUCUCGGCCGAGUAACUCCAGCUCAGAGGGAUCCUGUGUGAAAGCUGACGGGGAUCUUCAGCCGACCCCACAGAUCUCACAUAAUCUAUGGGUCCACUCCGAUCCCUGCGGUCCCAUCCUAAAAAGUUACCUGGAUUUCCCCAUAAAGCUAAGAAUCGGAAUUAUUUCUGCUUUUGCCACAAUUACGAUAACUGCUAUUGUCUUGUGUCUGAUUCUGGGUCUGGAGAAAUACUGGAAGAAGCCUCCCGUAGAAACGACAGUCGAUGACUUCAACAGAGUGAAAUACCAACCUAAACCCUCCCAGACCUGACCCACAAUCCCUCAACCAAAACUAAUAUUUACAAGACGCUGGUCUCAAAGGGAACUUGUGAGAUAUGGAAAGUCUCUCCCAGAAAAUGUCAUGAGGAUCAGAACAUGGAAAACAAGGAAAACAAGGCACCACCAACUGUCAUCAACUUGUGAAGAUGUGGCAUAUAAAUUAUCCCUUUGUAAAAAAAAAAAAAAUGUCUCCCAAGAAUAUAGUUGUGUUUGAAAAAUCCUUAAGUUUAUUGUAAAUAUUAAAUGGAAUAACAAUAAAUAUUCAAAAACUGUACCAACUUUG